AUGAAUCCAACUGUAAUCUCAACUUCUGCCACUACAACCGGUGUCACUGAAAAACCCAGCGGUGGCGACCCUACCAAUCAAUGUUCGAUCAUGCACUCCUCAAUACUGGGAGUUACCGAAAAACCCAGUGGCGGCGACCCAACCAAUCAAUGCUCGAUCAU